UCCAUAGUCUAGUUCAGAGGUCAGAGCAAGACAGACAGUCGGCAGUCCCCAUCUGUUAUGAAUCACAAAUAUCAUUGGGAAUUUCGUAAUUUUUGAUCUUUUAAAAUUUACAGCAGGAAGAAUUUAGGGUAAUUAAAUUAGAAGCUAUCCAAAAGCAAAUUCAACAGGAUUGGGCAAAUCGCGAGUAUAUCGAAGUGAUCACUGUUAGCAUUAAAAAGAUUACGGACUUCCUCAAUUCUUUUGAUAUGUCAUGUCGAUCUAAACUUGCUGUGUUAAAUGAAAAACUAACUACCUUGGAACGCAAAAUUGACUACUUGGAAGCUUGCGUAACCAAAGGUGAAACUCUUACAUAAACCUUCUCGCAAUCCACCUACUCAUUAUUUUACAUAGUAAUUAUAAACAUGCUGUGCAUUUUUCCAAAAAGGAACAUUGUUACUCUCAACAAAUAUCAGCCUGCCAGACACCUCUGGCAUUGGUUAAAUAAAAUAUUCAAUAGCGUCGACGAAGACCGUCGAAAAUUACUAGGAUGUGAUCGAACCUGUGCCGAAUGGCUACUACGCAACGGAGCUGCCGUAAAAUGGACUACAUCGACUGAUUUUUUAAACGAUUACAACGCCUUACCUUCCGAAGACACCCACUUACUUAUCAAAGAAGUCGACGCUUCCAAUUCAAGCAUUAGCCAUUACGGCUUUCCACACUUUGUCGGUUGCAAGCACAUCGAUAAGAUCACCUUACACAAAUGUUCGUACUUGGAAAAUCCUGCUUUACCUUUACUGAAAACUUUACGUGAUACUCUCAAGUUUCUGCAAGUGACCAGUUGUGGGAACAUUACAGAGGAGGGAUUAACUUCGUUAUCAAAUUUAAAUAAUUUAAGCAUUUUAAUAAUGGGUGAUUUUCCCUAUCUUAAGAAUAGAGAUGUCGUUUUAACACAUUUGAAUAAGGAAUUACCUAAAUGUCAGAUUACUUUUAAAUAAGUCUAUUGGGU